AUGCCGAUAUCCUGGCCUUCCUUCUCGCCCCGGCUCGUCUACGAGAAGGGACCCCUCAAAGCCAUCCCCUUCCCUGCCAUCCGACUCAUCGGCAUCCUCGUGUUCAUCAACCUGUUGGUCUGGGCUGGUGUAGCCGUUGUCUUGCACUACUUCCCUAAGCUUAUCUCACCGGCUGUUUUAUCCUACACCCUCGGUCUUCGUCAUGCCCUCGAUGCGGAUCAUAUCAGCGCCAUUGACCUCAUGACCCGGAGACUGAUCGCCUCUGGUCAACGCCCUGUCGCCGUGGGAACGUUUUUCAGCUUGGGGCACUCAACGAUUGUCAUUGUCACUUGCAUCGCCCUCGCGGCCACAGCCGGUGCUGUCAGAGACAAAUUCGAUGACUUUGAGCGCAUCGGUGGUAUCAUCGGGACGAGUGUAUCCGGGACGUUCCUGUUGAUUCUGUGCAUUGCCAACGGGUGGAUUCUUUACCGUUUGGUUCAAAGGCUGAAGCAAGUCCUCGCUGAACAGAGAGCGGCGAGGCUGGCUCCGGACUAUGACUCGGAUGCGGAGGCCAACGCUGAUCCGAUUGGCGACCAGAUGGGGCUUGAGGGGAUGGGGUUCUUGUCGAAUGUCUUCAGGGGUGUGUUCAAGGCUGUUGACAGGCCAUGGAAGAUGCUGCCUUUGGGAAUGCUCUUUGGGCUUGGCUUUGAUACCAGUUCCGAGAUUGCCAUUCUCGGAAUUGCCAGCAUUCAGGCUGCCCAGGGGACGAGCAUUUGGGUUAUUUUGAUCUUUCCUCUUUUGUUCACAGCCGGCAUGUGCAUGGUCGACACUACUGAUGGCGCUCUCAUGAUGGCCCUAUACACCAACAAGGCCUUUUCCAGAGACAUUGUCGCCAUUCUCUACUACUCCAUUGUACUUACCAGCAUCACUGUCUUUGUCUCGGCCUUCAUUGGUGUGAUCCAGUGGCUGUCCUUGAUUGACCAUGUUGCUGAACCAGAUGGAAGCUUCUGGGAUGGUGUCGGCGCCAUUGGUGACCACUACGAGAUUAUUGGCGCCAGCAUUUGCGGUCUUUUCCUUGUUGUGGGUAUUGGCUCAGUGUUGGUUUAUCGUCCAUGGAGGAGGAGAAUGGACCGGACGGUCAGUGCGCUCCCAGCACCUGAGGCGACGCCUAGUGCGAAUGCCCUUGUACCCAACCCCGAUGCGGCGGUCGACUAUGGCACAACGAACAAGCAGCCUGGAACCACCACUGUGGAGAAUGUGGAUAGGUGA